AUGGACGCUUUCAAAAAGAAGACUUGGAAGACCGCUCGGGGUUACACCUACACCUACUACACGUCUGAAGGCGAUAGAUCUCCUCCAACCCUGUUGUUUCAGCACGGCUGGCCCGAUCACGCCGAGAUGUGGAAGGUUAUCGCGAAACGUCUUAUCGAUACCGAAUUUCCCAUCAUCAUACCAGAUAUGCUUGGUUAUGAUGGUACCGAUAAGCCGACUGAUCCAGCCGAGUACAGGUAG